AUGAGCCAUUACAAUCAGGCCCAACCUCCCGUUGCUCUUCCUCCUCCCCAAGGUUAUCCGAAACCGCCGCAAGAUUGUCAAGACAAAGAUGCAAUUCCCGGCUACCCUCCCCAACCCCAGGUAUACCCUCCUCCUCCUCCUCCAGGGUAUCCUCCCCAAGCCUACCCUCCUCCAGGUUACCCUGCUCCUCCUCCUCCUCAAGGUUACGCUCCCCAACCGGGUUAUCCACCGCAGUAUGUCCCCCAAUACGCUGCGCCACCGCCCCCUCGCCAACAACAAUCCAGCAGCUCUGGUUGUUUGGAAGGAUGGUAA